CAUUACUUGGAUUCAAAAUGGUGGAACGGAGAACCGGUGUGGAUCACGAAUCAAAAAGCUUUUAAGAAGAGUGCUGUGGUGUUUUGGCCUGGUUCAGAAGUGAAAAUAGAAGGCCAGUACCCAACACACUAUUUACCCUAUAAUCGGUCACUUUCCUUCGAGAAACGAAUAGAUUUAAUUUAUGUACAAUGUUAGAGCAGGAUGAUCCUCCAAGCUUUUUGGCCGCUUAUUUUAACGAGCCAGAUCACAGUGGGCAUAAAUUUGGACCUAAUUCACCAGAGUUUAAAACUGUUAUUCGCAGAAUGGAUAAUGUCACUGGAUAUCUGUUGAAAAGUUUACGAAAUAGCGGAUUGUUGAAUGAGGUAAGAAUAACAAGUAAACGAUAA